AUGAUGUAUCACAUCAGCUUAUAUGACUACCGAAUCCAGUUAGACCGUCCAUGGGUACAUUCAUAUGGACAAAUCGAGAGACUCAUUUGGUGGGAUUCAUGGGAUAAUCCAUGUGGACAACAACUGACAUCAACAGGUAUUCAUCGUCUAUCGCAUGGUAUAUAUACCCCUUAUCUAUUGAAUAAGUCAAAAGCCACACAGGCUAAUUUGGUUGUAACCCUGGCUUCAGGCUAUCUGGAUAAAUCCGAUGAAGCCAAGGCUAGAAGAAGCCAACUGGCAGGUACAGUACAUGAACCAGUCAGGCACAUGCCCCAAAUAAUAUUGGCGAGGAAAUAUAUUUUCACCUAG